AAUCGCGGUAUUCUUUCGAUGCUCGACGACGACAAGGUGCUAUUUCCUUAAAGCUUUUUAAAUUUCAUUAACUAUCAUAGCUGUGCUUGUUUCAUCAUCGACAAAUUUUUAUAGCAGAACAGUUCGUAGGAAAAAAUGGAUCAAGAUCGUGGAGGUGGAGUCCUUGAUGAUUUCGAAAAUGAUGUUGUUCCUGACUCAUGUGCAGACACAGAAGAUUCUGAUCCUGAUAGUCAAGUCGAAGAAAUCGGUUGCGUCAGUCCUCGCAAGAGGAUAAGGAAACCUCACACGUACAAACGAAAUUUUGCAAAAGUUGCUGUUGAAACCGGAAGUGAAAGAAAAACUACGCGAGGGCGAGUAAUUCCAGAAAAAUCCUUCUGUGCACAAGGUAACUGGAAAUGCAAAAAAAAAUAUAUUCUGAGUUCAACGACAUUGAACGCCAAAGAGAAAUCUACACUGCUUAUUAUGAAAACUCUGAUUGGUCCCAAAAAACUUUAAUCAUUCGGUCGUUCGUGUCUAUGUCCCCAAUAGCCAAAAAAAAAAGAGUGACACUUUGAGAAGACACUUUGAGAGUAACAAGAUUCAUCAACUUAUUCCCAAGAUCUGAGUCUCAUUAUGGACGUAGUCACUCUCAACGACAAUUCCUUCAUCCCGGUUUGAAUGUCAAGAAAUUAUACAACUUAUACAAAGAAGAUCGUCAAGUGAAAGUGAAAACAAUCUUAAAAGAAUCAACGUUUCGACACAUAUUUAACACCCGUUUUAACCUGAUUUUUAAGCCCCAACACUCAGACACAUGUAAAACUUGCGACAAUUUCCAAUGCAUACUCAAAGGAACAAGCGUUUCCGAGGACAUUAAAGAAGAAACCCUUAGGAAAAAAGAAGAGCAUUCCAAUCUCGUUGAACGAGUCAACACUGAAUUCAAGGAAAAUGUGCGAAGAGCCGCUAAAAGAGAAGAUACCAUGGUUUUAACCUUCGAUCUACAAAAAACACUGC